AUGGCCGAGGUCAAGAAGUACCAUCUGCCGCCGACCUCCAAGAUCCCCAACUCUCCCUUUCCCCUGCUGCACUACCGGCAAUUCUUCCCCUCGCCGGCAUCGCGCGCCCCGCAAGCCGUGCACGACGCCUUCGCCGCCAACGGCUGGCAGGUCCAAUGGAUCUUUAGGUACGGCCAGACCCAGCAGUCGCACUACCACUCCGCCGCCCACGAGUGCAUGGCCGUCUUGAGCGGCGAGGCCACCAUAAGGUUCGGCGUCGCUGAUGACGAGCCCGCCGGCGGCGACACCGACACUAGCAGCAGCAAGGGAAUAGAGAUCCACGCCUGCGCCGGUGACGUCUUCGUCCUGCCCGCCGGGCUGGCCCACAAGACCUUCAACCCGGACCCCAGCGACAGCACGUUCAAGCUCCUGACCCCGGGGGACGACCAUCACCCCACGGGGGCCGGUGAUGGGGCCGCCGGGCCUGGCCUUGCGGGCGUCGAGCUCUCCGGCUUCACCAUGAUCGGGGCGUAUCCUGUGGGUGCCAGUUGGGACUUUGCUGUUGGUGGCGAGCACGAGGGCCGGUACCAGGAGGUAUGGUCUGUGCCGAAGCCCGAGCGAGAUCCCGUGCUUGGGACGGACCCUGCUGGGUUGAGGGGGCUCUGGGACUGA